AUAAGGGCCAAAUUUAUGUGUAGUGGAUAAUGAUUAGACGUCCUGUGCUGGCAUGGCGGACAUGCCCUAAACUGUAGCUGUUCACACAGAAUGCUUUCUCCUUUCUGCUUAGCGUUAUUCUGGAGUCUGGGUUCUCAAUUUUAAUCCGCAAGUUCGUCUUUGGUUUUUGUUUUCUGGACUUCUGUUUCAUCGAUGCCUGGUUUGAGUUUGAGAUCCGUCCUUUGUUUCGAGAAUUUCAGAUGGGCUUCCCCUGCUCAGCAGAGAGCAAUGCAGGAGGUCCAGCUUGGAUCACAUACUGUUAGGUCCCAUGGAGUUGCAGUGGCAAGGACACACAUGCAUGACUGGUUGAUUCUAUUGCUUCUUCCUGUGACGAUAGCUAUUCUGAAUGCUAUUCACCCAUUUUACCGAUUCGUUGGGAAAGAUAUGAUGGAUGAUCUCAAGUAUCCGUUCAAGAACAACACCGUGCCUUUUUGGGCAGUACCUGUGUACGCUGUUUUGUUGCCAAUAUUCAUCUUUGUGGUAGUCUAUUUUCGUCGAAGGGAUGUCUAUGACCUCCACCAUGCAAUACUGGGUCUCUUAUUUUCUGUUCUUGUGACUGGAGUUAUCACAGAUUCCAUAAAAGAUGCAGUUGGUAGACCUAGACCGGAUUUUUUUUGGCGUUGUUUUCCAGAUGGAAAGGAUGUGAGCUUGCUAUGGGUUUUUACUGUUAUUGGUUUAAUUUUCAAUGCUUUGUCCCCCUUUUUGGACCGGCUCUUGAUAGACUUCCACAUAAUUAGAAUUGCCGUACAGGUUUAUGAUAAAUUGGGAAAUGUUGUAUGCCAUGGAGUUGAAAAUAUCCUAAAGGAUGGGCAUAAGAGUUUUCCAAGUGGGCACACUUCUUGGUCAUUUGCCGGUCUUGGAUUUCUGUCUCUGUACUUAGCUGGGAAGAUAAAAGCAUUUGAUAGCCGGGGGCAUGUUGCCAAACUGUGUUUGAUAUGGGUUCCUCUCACUGCAGCGGCCUUAGUUGGGAUUUCUCGAGUGGAUGACUACCGGCACCACUGGCAAGAUGUGUUUGCUGGAGGUCUACUUGUUCUUUCCACCUCCUCACCAUGUCCAAGGCUGGGCAACAUAUGCAUAUUUUCGGGCACUGGAGGAGAGUAACGGAGCCAUUCAUGCCAACAGCGGUGGUGUGGGGCCCACCGAAGCUCGAGUCGAAAAUCAAGGAGGCGAAAGAGCCCAUGGUACGUUCAUGGGGAUCGGUUUAGCCGAUGAGGAUGUGGAGUCUGGCGGUGGUAGGUAUUCUUGAAUCUCGACCACUAACUAGUAACUAGACUAGAUCAAUGGAAUGAAUAGGCUCCAUUUUUUUGACAAACAAACUAGUGGUAUUAGAAGAAGAAGGCUUUUACUUGUAUAUAUUUGUCUUUGCGAACUACGGGAGUACAAUAAAGUUUGUCUUACCUGGAAGACAGAUUGACAUUGGCUAUUCAUCAGU